CUUAUUUUUAUCUAUCGCAUUCUAAAUUCACCCGACCUUUCUCUCUCGCACACACCACACGGACGCAAUAAAGCUCCGAACCCGAACCUAACAUGGAUCUUAACGAUCCGAACCGGUUCCGCAAUCGUAAACCCCUCUCUUCGACGGAGCGCUUCCUCGGGGUGCCGUCCCACGCGCCGCCGCUAGAAAAUCCUACCACAGACGACGACCUCAUCGAGGACGACGUCGUUUUCUUCAACGACGACACCACCGAACCCUCCUCCUCCUCUUCUUCCGCCACUCCCAACCACCACUACCACCACCUUCCCCAUUCGCACCACCACAAGGGUUUCGUGUUCGGCCCCACCGACACGUUCGGCAUCCUCGCCGCCUUGCCGGAAAACGAUCCCUCCCCAAACGCUCGGAACGGUUCGCACUUCUUCCAAAAGGCAUCCGUCUCCGUUUCCGUGUCCUUGUCCUCAUCCUCCUCUUCCUCAUCCUCGCGUCUUAUUCCGGCCAUCCCGAAGCCUCCGCCGGACCGGAAUCCCUUGUCGUCGGUUAAGAUGCACCAGUCAGCGCCGGUGAACGUGCCUCCGCCGGCGAUGUUGAGGAGGCGCCGCGAGUUCGACGAAGACGACGGCGACGCCGCGGAGGACGAAGAGAUGCUGCCGCCGCACGAGAUUGUGGCGAGGAAUUCGUCGAAGUCGCCGAUGCUGGCGUGCUCGGUUCUUGAAGGAGCUGGGAGAACGCUGAAGGGGAGAGACUUGCGCCAGGUUCGCAAUGCCGUUUGGCGCCAAACAGGUUUCUAUGGCUGAACAAACGCAUUGGAUUUUCAGUUUUCCUUUUGAUUUUUGAGAUAAUCUUAAGUUUUUUGGCUCUUGGAUUUUCUUACACUGGCAAAUGCUAAAACCCUAAAACCUCAAUUGAAUGUAAAUUUUGAAGGGAUGGUCAAUAAUGGUUAAGUAUUUUAUUAUUGGUUUAUUAAUGUUUGAUUUCCCUGAUUGACGAGAGAACCUUUGUAUCUAUCUCCUGAUAUUUAAUAAUUUACUUUUAUUUAAAGUGCAUUUC